CCCUGGUAGAAGACUCUAAGCUUCAGCCAAUAGGGUUGCAGGAAUUCAGUUUUCAAUGAAGAGGAUUUGCCCGCAAUUGUAGGGAAGUCAAUGUUGCUUAGUCUUUAAGGUAUUUUGAAGGGGGAGCGUAGUUACCAUUAUAAAUUAAAAUUUGCGUCGUGUGUAUUGAGGACAGGAUAAUUUAAGGCCCAGAACGAUGUCUGACCGAAAAGCAGUGAUAAAAAAUGCUGAUAUGUCUGAGGAGAUGCAGCAGGAUGCAGUAGAUUGUGCAACACAAGCAUUAGAAAAAUAUAACAUUGAAAAGGACAUAGCAGCUUAUAUUAAGAAAGAAUUUGAUAAGAAGUACAACCCAACGUGGCACUGCAUUGUGGGCCGCAACUUUGGAAGUUAUGUGACCCACGAGACACGACACUUUAUCUACUUUUAUUUAGGACAGGUAGCGAUACUGCUGUUCAAGAGCGGGUAAUUGGCAGCAGUCCGUCCUAUAUUUGCAAACCACAUUUCCACUGGGAGAAAUGCAUUCAUACUGUUCAAAAAUUUGUAACUAUUCAUACUUUGCUACCUGUACGUAGAAUUGUUGGUUUUGUUAUAUUCCAUGACUUGUUUCCAAGGCAAGAAUUUGUAUUGAAUUACAUUGACAGUAUUACUAUUGGAUUUAAAGGAAAACAAAAAAUAAUUCUAAAAUGUCAAAAUUAUUACAGUAUUGGUGUUUUGCUCACUUUCUUAUAUAAAUUUGUGACACUGCAGUUUGAGAUGGGGGUUGACUACACAAUAGAAGAAAAUAAAUGUUUUGUUUUUUGAAUGCUUUGUUUCCAUGAGAGUUCAAACUAAAGCUGUGCAAGAUGGUUGCAGCUUUGUUCCAUGAUUGUGUUCAUUAUUAAUUCUUAAGUGAUAAUCCUUUUGAAGUAUACAUUCAUAUUUUUUGUUUUGUUUCAUAGUUUACAUAUUCGUCCCAGUAUUGUACUGUUUCUUCUUAUGACUUUCCUACAUAGUCAUGUAAGAAGUUGAAUGAUCUGUGUAUAUGUUAUAGAGUUCCAUUAGCCAUACUUUCCUUUUUAUUUGGCAGCUCUGAUGCAAUUGUUUAUUUAGAUUACAUAAGAGGCAUGUGCAGCUGUUCUUAUAAUCAUUUCUGAUGUAGCCAGUUGCUAAAAAAAAUUAUUAAAUGACUAAUAUCAUUAAAAAUGAUUUGUUCUGGCAAUGCUUGUGCAUUUCUUAUAGAAAAGGUGUACUAUUUGGAAAGCUGAUCAAUUUUUAUUGGAAGUUUGUUGAGAGUGCUUGUAAAUUCACCGCACAACAUAAGUCAUUUAAUAGCACUCAUUUGUUUCCACAGUAAAAUACAUGAUACUGAGUGGAACUGUAUUCUUUACUCUGGUUGAGUGUUUAGGUUAAAAGUUUGGUGCUCUCUAAAGUGACUCCUAAAUUGUGGAGUAAUGGCCACAUCUAUAAUGUGUAUUAUAAAAGAUAUAGAUGCAAAUUACAUUAAAUUACUUAUCACAA